CGAUUUAAAGAACUUAUACAACUCAACAAGAAAUGGAAGAAGUGAAAGUGCUUGGAGCUUGGCCUAGUCCAUAUAAUUUCAGAGUGAUAUGGGCUCUAGAGCUCAAGGGUGUGAAGUAUGAAUACAUAGAAGAGAAUUUGGUUAACAAGAGUGAUUUGCUUUUGCAUUACAACCCAGUUCACAAAAAGAUUCCGGUACUCGUUCACAAUGGGAAACCAAUCACCGAGUCCGCUGUAAUCCUCGAGUACAUUGAGGAGACUUGGCCCCAGAAUCCCCUCCUUUCAGAUGACCCUCAUGAGAGAGCGUUGGCGCGGUUCUGGACAAAGUUUAUAGACGAAAAGAUUUUAGGGUUUCGGCCUUUUUCGGCCAUUAUGAAUCAAAUGAACAUUUCAAUUUGUGUGAUCAAGCAGGGGUUACCAUAUCUUAAAUUUAUGGCUGAUGGGGAAGAACAUGAGAAGGCUGCAAAAGAAAUCAGAGAUGUAUUCAAGAUCUUGGAAGAGCAAGCUCUGGGAGAGGAUGACUUCUUUGGUGGCAAUGAAAUAGGGUUGGCUGACUUGGCGUUGGGAUUUAUAGCCUCCUCUUUUGGAGUGAUUGAACAAGUUGUUGGUGUCAAAGUACUGCAUGCCACUGAGUUCCCUCGCUUGUGUAAUUGGAUUAACAAAUUUAGGGAAAACCCAGCUAUCAAAAAGAGCCUCCAUCCUGAUAAAAUGUUUGUGUUUUACAAGCAGAGGAGGGAGAUGAUCCUUGCUUCAAGGCCUUGAAUUGCUUUCUUUCAGCAUCUUUUUAGCCUUUACAUACAUGUAAGUGGAUUAAGAAAAAGAAAAAAAAAUGCUUGUUAUUCUAAAAAAAUGUUCCUGGUCACCGACUCAAUUAAUCCAUAGACGUUUAAAAAUUAAGCGCCCGCCUAGGUCGUAGUUAGACAGAAAAUAGAUAACUUUCAUCUUGCAUUUUAUUUUUUCAACAAAUUGUAAGAAACUUAUUGAAUACUUGGAUGAACUCUCAUUAUAUGUUUGUUCCCUAUAUUUUCAAUAUGCUAUAAUACUAUAUAAUCUAUAUCUUA